AUGGAUUACUUGCCACUGAUUGAGAAUGUGCGCAAUAGAAUCAGCAAAUGGACAGUUCGAGCCCUUUCUUUCGCAGGCAGGCUCCAGCUUGUGAGAUCGGUGAUUUUUAGUGUUACAAAUUUCUGGAUCGCAGAUUUUAGAUUACCUAAAGCGUGCAUUCAAGAAAUUGAUAAGCUUUGUUCAGCUUUUUUAUGGUCGGGACCAUCUCUAAAUCCCAGAAAGGCAAAGGUAGCAUGGAAAGACGUUUGCUUACCUAAAGAAGAAGGAGGCUUGGGCCUACGUUCAAUUGAAGAAGCAAAUAAAGUAUGUUGUCUAAAGCUGAUCUGGAAACUUAUCUCCUCAAAGAAUUCCUUAUGGGUAAAUUGGGUUACCGAGUAUCUUAUUCGCCGUGGCUCCUUUUGGGCGGUACAGAGAAGCACCAACUCUGGUUCAUGGAUGUGGAGGAAACUCCUGAAGUAUAGAGACUUGGCGAAACAGUUUUACAUGGUGGAAGUUAAAGGAGGAAACAACACAUCCUUCUGGUUCGAUCACUGGAGUGAUUUGGGUUGCCUCUUUGACAGAGUCGGGGAUCGAGGGCCGAUUCAGCUUGGUAUCAAUCGUCUGGCAACAGUUGGUGAGGUGCUAGAUCGACAUCGACGGAGAAGACAUCGGCAAACCAUCUACACGGACAUUGAGUAUGAGAUUCUCAAAAUCAGACAACAGCGAGAGGAAGGAGUUGAUGAUGUAGUGAAAUGGAAAAGCCAUUCAGGACAGUGGCAACCGAAAUUUGUUUCUAGAGAUACAUGGGAUCACAUCAGAAUAGUUAGACCAAAGGUGAAUUGGUACAGAGGUGUGUGGUUCUCCCAGGCCACUCCAAAAUACUCAUUCAUGGCUACCGUAUACUCAAUCUGGCGGGAGCGAAACAAUCGAAAACAUGGAGAGAAGGCUUUGACGGUUUUCAGGAUGGUGAGGAUGAUUGACAAAUUGGUUAAAAAUCAGAUUUGCUCAAUCCGUAACAAUGGUGUGAGGAAGUACGAGGAUGGCUUAGAGAUCUGGUUUGCCUCAAGAUAA